CACGGGAUCUCGCUUAAACCAGCUUAAUCAAAACAAUUUUUUUGCAAAAAAACUCGAUCGAGUUUCAAAAGAGAUGCAGGGAGACAAAAACGAAGUUGUAUUGAAGACUUUAGAGCAAUCAAAAUUCUUGACCGAUUACCUAUCACAAAUAAAUGUGGCAAAUCACGAAGCAUCUCAAGAUGGAACCGAAAUUCCUUGUAUAGCUUUUUCAGCCAGAAAAUUCGAGACAACAUUUAUUAGUAGUGAUUUGAUAUCACGUUCUGUUGAAUUCGAUAAAUUGAUGGCUAAAAUCGACAAUAUCGAGCAUGUGCUAAAACAAAACAUCAUUACUAUAAAAGAUGAAAUGUUUAAAAUCGGUUCAUCACUCACACACGAAGUACAAAGUUCACGUGGAGGAAUUCACAUAGACAUAUUUAGGGAAGAAAUAUCCAAGCAAAUAAACAAUAUAUUUCCUAAAUUAAUUCAAGACAUCAAAUUGAAACACGAAGAAAAUACAAAGUUUUUAGAACAAUCGUUUUCCACACAAGUCGAGGAAUUAAAGAGAGAGCUCUCUAUUCAUCAUCGAUUACUUGAAAAUGUUCUUGAGAAUCAAAAAAUAGCCAAUUGUCAACAAUGUUUAACAGCGCCAACGGGUAGUACGAGUGGUACCGGUAGUUCAUUGAAACAGAAAUCUUACAAUACAUUUGUAAAGCAAGAAGAAACAGAAUAUUCUAUACCGAAAUCCUCCAUAGGGGGUAUUAAUACACGAUUUGAACAAGCUUUAGAUCCUAAAUUACACGUGAAAGAAGCAAAUAAGAUAGAUGAACAGAGAUUUACACAACUAAAGUCUUUAUCAAAUAACCAAACUACGUUCCAAGAACCGAGCUUUGACGGGAGCGAAUUUAUGACACAAACCAGAAGUACACCUUCAAUUCACACACUUAAAAAGUCCGAACAAAAAUACGUAUUAAGACAAAAUAAUACAAAAGAAGCACAUCUUUCCUUAACAAUUCCCGAACGGUCAUCACAAAGCGAUUCAACAAAUUGCCCACCAAUUACGAAAUUAAACAGUACAGCCAAGAUAAAACGAAAGUUGAUAAUAGACGUUGAUUUAGAGCAAGAAAUUAAAGAAGCAUUAAGUAAUCGAAGUAACAAGCAAUUAAAGCGAUAA